AUGCCGAGGGUAGCCCUCGGCGUCUUACCUGACGCCGUGACCGCGCCGUCGCGUCGCCGCUCCGGCAGCGAGCUAUGCUUUGGUACCUACGCCGAGGGCCUGGUAGACGCCGACGGCUGCCCUCGGCGUAGGAACCUUGCCAUCCUCCUCCACUCCACCCAACCCGCGCGCCGCCACCUCCUGCCCCAGCCGCCGCCGCGCCUGCUCCUCCGCCGCCGCCUCCCCUACCGCUCCUCCCCGCCGCCUCCCCUCGCCGCUCCUCCCCGCCGCGCGCUGCCGCUCGUCCGCCGCCUCCCUCGCCGCUUCCUCCCCGCCGCCGCGCUGCCGCUCGUCCGCCGCCGCCUCCCUCGCCGCUCGUCCACCGCCUCCCCGCCGCUCCUCCCCGCCGCCGCCUCCCUGCCGCUCCUCCCCGGCCGCCUCCCUGCCGCUCGUCCGCCGCCGCCUCCCUGCCGCUCCUCCCCGGCCGCCUCCCCUGCCGCCUCCCUGCCGCUCCUCCCCGGCCGCCUCCCUGCCGCUCGUCCGCCGCCGCCUCCCCUGCCGCUCCUCCCCGGCCGCCGACAGCCCCCUCCUCCCCCGGCCGCCGGAACCCCCUCCGCCACUAGGUAA